ACAGUCUACUGCGUGCAAAAUGUCUGGUAAGAAGGCAACGAGCAAGAAGAAGAAUGUUGCUGGCCCAACUAAGAUGACUGCUCAACAGGCAGCCGAAUGGAUUUUACAAUCCAGCGACGAAGAGUCCGACGCAGGGAGCAUGUCAUCGGUUGACUCUGUGGCAUUUUUGGAAGGACUCGAUCCAGCCUUGGAGAUAUCCUCUGAUGCAGACUGGCUCCCUGAACAGGAGGAGGAGGAGGGGGAGGAGGAGGAGAGCCAGGUGGAGAAAGAGGGGCAGAGAGUUGGUGAGGAGGAAGGAGACGAUCAACCAUCAGCCUCUUCGCCGGCUACCACCAGAGCAAGGAAGAGGAAAGCAGCGCAGCCAUCCAGCGCCACACCUGCCACCAAGAGAGGCAGAGGAAGAGGGAGAGGAAGAGGAAGAGGAAGAGGAAGAGGAAGAGGACAGGGAAGGCGACAGGAGCCAGAGGGAAAUGGUCAGCCAUGGCAGGGGAUGGACGUGGAUGACAUCAUACCACCACAACCAUCAUUCAACCCCGCUCGCGCUCCAGGGCCCCAGGUCGUGGGGGGGGUGCAAUACACCAUACUGCAACUCUUCAUGCUCUUCAUGACAAGAAACACCCUACAGACAAUAGUAAAUCACUCUAACAUAUAUGGACAAAGGAACCACCCUCAUAGAUGGCAUCAGAUGUCCCUGGAGGAUCUGCUUUCAUAUAUUGGUAUGGUGAUUUACAUGGGCCUAGUUGGGGCCAAGUCUGUAAGGGACUACUGGGCGAAGAACGAACUUUACAAUUUCCCCUUCCCCACAUCUAUGUUGUCCGGGAGAAGAUUUGCAGCUGUCUCCAGCAUGCUGCAUAUUAGCCACCCAGACAGUGAUGCAGAGAAUGACAGGAGGAGGGGAACACAGGCCUACGAUCGUCUGUGCAAGAUCCGCCCUCUCUAUGACGAGAUUAGGACUGCGUGUAAAGCUCACUACCAUCCCCAACAACACAUUGCAGUGGAUGAAAGGAUGGUGAAAUCAAAAGCCCGCUCCAUCCUCCGCCAGUAUAUGAAAGACAAGCCCACUAAGUGGGGGUAUAAACUUUUUGUGCUGGCAGAUUCAUCAAACGGAUACACAUGGGACUUUUUUGUAUAUGAGGGGAGAAACAUGGCACUUCAAAAGGGGCUCAGCUAUGAUUCAGUCAUGAAUCUCGUGGACACGCGUGUGCUUGGCCAGGGCUAUAAGCUCUAUGUGGACAACUUCUAUACUAGCCCUACCCUGUUCAAGGACCUCCUGGCCGAGAAGGUAUGGGCUUGUGGAACAAUUAGAGAACAGCGAAUAGGCUACCCGAGAAGACGUCCAGGAGCUCUCACCUCUCAGUCACCACGUGGUACCAUCCGCUGGAUAAGAGAUGAUCCCGUUCUUUUUGUCCAGUGGAAGGACACGAGGGACGUCCGCUUGUGCUCCACAAUGCACACAGCCCACAACCCACAGACCACCGUUCAGAGGAGGGUCAGAGGGACAGAUGGCCGGUGGCAGCUGAAGUCCAUCCCUGCCCCACCAGCUGUCACUGAUUAUAACAAACAUAUGGGGGGAGUGGACCUCUCUGAUGCCAUGAUCGGGUUUUACAACACCGUUCACAAGACCAGGAAGUGGCACAGGACGUUCUUCUAUCACUUUCUGGACAUUGCCAUCGUGAACGCCUUUGUACUUCAUUCCUGUAUGGCAGCAGAGAGGCAUGAGACCCCCCUUACACAGAAGGCGUUCCGGGAGGCCCUGGUGUUGGAGCUGAAGGCAGCGGGGUCACCUUCAACUGGCCCUCCUCCAUCACCUGCUCCAGCUCCCAAGGUGCACAUCACAAACUGA